GAGGUGCCAAGUCAAAACGAAACUCUUCUGAAAGUCUCAUGCCUUAGGUCUUGCCGGAUGACUGUAGCCAGAGAAGCCUUCAGCUGCAGACAAGGGUGGCCUGGGCACAGAGAGGCAGAAGGAGCUCCUGGCAGCACAAGACCUCAGAUCUAGAAAUCCUGAGCGUUGGUAUUGCUCUUUCUUUAGCUUUUAAGAAUAUGGCCGCAUUCAGUACAGCCCCUGAAUUGAGGAUCGUCCUCGUGGGAAAAACUGGAGUUGGGAAAAGUGCCACAGGAAACACCAUCCUGGGACAGAAGCUCUUUAAAUCUAUUGCAUCGCCCAGCUCAGUGACAAGUACAUGCGGAAGGGAGGAAACUGUCAUCGAUGGUAGAAAAAUUGUGGUUGUUGAUACUCCUGGGUUUUUCGACACCAAUUCAACAACCAAAGAAACUAUCAAAGAAGUGAAAAAGUGUGCAAGCCUUUGCAGUCCAGGUCCACAUGUGAUUAUACAUGUCAUGCAAUUGGCUCCUUUCACGAAGGAGGAAAAAGAAGUAGCUAAAUUAAUCCAAGAUGUUUUUAGCCUUAAAGCAAAGGCUUAUGGAAUCGUUCUGUUCACCCGUAAAGAGGGUUUGGGAGGAAGGUCUUUGAAAGAGUUCUUAGAGGACGGAGAUGAAUCUCUUCGGGAGCAUGUGGCCAAAUGUGCGGGUGGGUGCCUGGCCUUCAACAACACGGCUGAAGGUCGGGAGAGGGAAGAGCAGGUCAAUGAGCUGCUUGGCAUGAUAGAUGCCUUGGUGAAGAAGAACGACAAGGCCCCUUGCUACACUGAGGACAUGCUAGCCAGGGACCAAAUCACCAUGAGUAAGAUCCAAAAUAUUUUAAGACGGAACGAUUGUUGCAACAUACUCUAAGAGGUGCGGCUGUGCCGCCCUUUAAAUCAAAUCCAAAACACACCUUGGUGAUACUUUUAUUAGGCACAACCCCUCAAAAAACCAAGACCUGGUAGUAUUAACAAAUUUUAUAUCCACGUGCGGCUGGAUCUACACUGGCACAUAAUCCAGUUUAUGUAUCCAGAUCAUCUGCUUUGAACAAGAUUGUAUGAGGCUGGUUUCAGAAACUGGAUUAUAUGGCAGUGUAGAUGUGGCCUGAGAAUGUGGAUAAGUGACAUGCUGACUAACAUAGCAGUGCCUAAUAUUUUAUUUUUAAUUUCAGAACAACAUUCAGCAAUAUAUGUUCUCUAACAGAAGCCAUUUUACAUGCAGAUAGAAGUCCACAUGGAGAUAUGAUUGUAUAAAUAACAUAUUUACUUAAGCAGGUGUGAAAAAAUGCUAGGAUGUAACGUUUGCAUAUCUAUAGAUUUAUAAUCGCCAGUGGUCAUUGAGCAUCCACUGCAUCUGGAAUAUUCCAGAGGUUGUCUAUCCACAUACAUCUCAAAUUUCAACCUACAUCCAACAGUAGCCUAAGGGUCCAUUGGAGGGGAGCCUCUUCUAAAGCCCGUCCAAGGCAGGGCAGAACAUCCUAGGAUAUUUUUCAUAAUAAUACCCCAAUGCCUGCCUACAAACAUGGAUGUUCAAAAGAACACAGGGUGUUAUGUUUAUGUUCUUUCUGGUGGGUUUUUUUUGCCUGCUCUAAUAUUAGUCGAAAACUUCGUGCUUUUUACUUGUUGCUUAAAUGUGUACUUUGAAGAUUUAGAAUCCUGUUAACGAGAAGAAUUGCCUUUCACAUUUUUACAAUGUCCAAAAGAAGUAAUGAUUUCUUUGAGGAGAAUAAAAAAAACUGAUACAGAA